CACCAUGCACUCCUUGGAUGAGCCGCUGGACCUGAAGCUGAGCAUCAGCAAGCUCCGCGCGGCGAGAGAGAAGCGGGAGCGCGCCCUGAGCGUGGUGCGACCCCGCGCCCUGCACAGGGAGCUGGGCCUGGUGGCUGACAGCCCCACACCCGGCUCCCCCGGCUCCCCGCCUUCAGGUAGUGGCCCCGGCUUCCUGCUGAACCCCAAGUUUCCUGAGAAGGUGGAGGGCCGCUUUUCUGCUGCCCCUCUGGUGGACCUCAGCUUGUCCCCUCCAUCUGGGCUGGAUUCCCCCAAUGGCAGCAGCUCGCUGUCGCCUGAGCGCCAGGGCAACGGGGACCUGCCUGCGGUGCCCACAGCCCCGGACUUCCAGCCACUGCGCUACCUGGACAGCGUCCACAGCUCCUUCCAGUUCUUUCUGCCCUUGGGAUCUGGGGGCGCCCUGCGUCUGCCCGCUUCCUCCUUCCUCAACGCCCCCAAGGACAAGUGCCUCUCGCCAGAGCUCCCCUUGCCCAAGCAGCUGGUGUGUCGCUGGGCCAAGUGUAACCAGCUCUUUGAGCUCCUGCAAGACCUGGUGGAUCACGUCAAUGACGACCACGUGAAACCCGAGAAGGACGCAGGUUACUGCUGCCACUGGGAGGGCUGUGCCCGCCACGGCCGCGGCUUCAACGCCAGGUACAAGAUGCUCAUCCACAUCCGCACACACACCAAUGAGAAGCCGCACCGCUGCCCCACCUGCAGCAAGAGCUUUUCCCGCCUGGAGAACCUGAAGAUCCACAAUAGGUCGCACACAGGGGAGAAGCCGUACGUCUGCCCCUACGAGGGCUGCAGCAAGCGCUACUCCAACUCCAGCGACCGCUUCAAGCACACGCGCACCCACUACGUGGACAAGCCCUACUACUGCAAGAUGCCGGGCUGCUGCAAGCGCUACACGGACCCCAGCUCGCUGCGCAAGCACAUCAAGGCCCAUGGCCACUUCGUGUCCCACGAACACCAGGAGCUCCUGCACCUCCGGCCGCCCCCCAAGCCCCCCCUGCCCACCCCUGACGGUAGCCCCUAUGUCAGUGGGGCCCAGAUCAUCAUCCCCAACCCUGCCGCCCUCUUUGGAGGGCCCGGCCUGCCCGGCCUGCCCCUGCCCCUGAACCCCGGUCCCCUUGACCUCAGUGCUCUGGCCUGUGGCGGGGGCGGGGGCCCCUCCGGAGGCCUGGGGGCGGGGCUUCCGGGCCCCGUCCUGCCCCUGAGUCUGGCCAAGAACCCACUGCUGCCCUCGCCCUUCGGGGCGGGCGGACUGGGCCCGCCUGUGAUCUCCCUCCUCGCCGGUUCCGCGGGCGGCCAGGCUGAGGGGGAGAAGCGUGGGCCUGGGCCAGCCAGGGCCCUGGGAUUGGAGGGGCGCAAGACGCCCCUGGAGAGGACUGAGGGUGGGCGCUCCCGGCCGAGCCCCGAUGCGCUCUCCCUGCUGCCGGGCACCGCGCUGGACCUGUCCACGGGUGUCAACUCAGCGGCCAGCAGCCCUGAGGCCAUGGCUCCAGGCUGGGUGGUCAUCCCGCAGGGCCCUGUGCUGCUGAAGCCAGCCGUCGUGAACUGAGCCCGGGCCCAGCUCCGCCCCUGACGAACGGAAACUCUUCUGCGAAAUAGCAAUAAUGUCCCCAGACCUGGCCACCCACCCUCACUGGCCAGCAGGGAUGGUGCUAGGUCAGCACUGGUGAGCCGG